AAUCAGCCCAUUGUGUGGCAGCAGUGCAAUACAUACAAUCAUGUAGAUACAAGUCAGGAGCUUCAGUUAAUGUUCACAUCAACUAUUAGAAUGGGGGGAAAUUUGAUCCAAGUGUUUGUUGGUUGUUGGUGGCAGACAGGGUGGUUUGAUUAUCUCAGAAACUGCUGACCUCCAGGGAUUUUCACACUCGUCUCGAGUUUGGGUGCAAAAAAAACCCAGUGAGUAGCAGUUCUGCAGACAACAACACCUUGUUAAUGAGAGACUGGCCAGACUGGUCAAAGCUGACAGGAAGGUGACAAUAAUGAAAAUAGCCACACAUUACAACAGUGGUAUGCAGAAGAGCAUCUCUGAACACACAACGCAUCAUAACUCUAAGUGGAUAGGCUACAUCAGUAGAAGUCUCAAAAAUGAGUCUAAUAAAUACCUAACAUAGUGCUCAGUGACUGCAUAUUUUAAGUGGCUGAUUGCCAAAAGACUGAAAUUUUUCAUUUAUCCAUAUAUCCUCUUGCAUAGUCUUAUCUUUGACCUAUUUGACAAAAGAAUAACCUGCUUCUUUUUUAGCUUUAGACAAUCCAGAAUAUUAAUUUCUGUUCGUUUCUGAAAGCCUGGGGCAUGUUCAAUCUGAAAAGGUUUUGCUACGGUUUCUGUGUUGAAUGAUAUGCUUUUUCCCAACGGUGUGCAACGUUUUGCAACAGGCUUUGAGGUAUGUUUGCUCCUGCUUGGUGGGUGUAGCCCGAAUCAGUAAUGACGUAGUAGGCCUACGCUUUAAAGGCUGGAGAACGCCUUCUCAGACGCCAUAGGAGCAAAUCAUACUAUGUCACUAAGUCCGCCCACGGUUUGCAGCAGGACGUUCAAAGCAACACCGUUUCUAAUUAAAAAACGUGUGGGGGCUGAACGUAGCCUUGGAAAAUAAAACCCGUUCAGUCAAAAAUGACUUCUGUAAAGCGCAACAGCUGUAUGAGGACCGCCUCUGGCGUAUUCUGCACUUUACACCAUACUAUUCCUCAUUCCAGAGCUUUGGGAUUGUGAAGAAAUCACGUGAUUGUAGAGUUACCAUGCCGUUGCUAUAGCACGGUUCUGGGAUGUUUUUUUCUUUUUUUUCUUCCUGUGUAUACCCUUAUAUGGGGAGACAAUACAAUUUAAGUGCUGUUAGCUGAUGAUGUGUCAUUGAAAGACCAGUCGUCAUUUUAUCUUUUCCAGAUAUAUGCUCGUUACAUGUAUCAUUUAUGCUGACGUCACGUCAAAGCAAUUGUACUUCGUGGUCAGCUUAGGGAUUUCACUUCAGUAACGUGCACCAAGACUGUAGAGGAAGUGGGAAAUGAAGGACAAUGGGAGAAAACAAUUCAAGUUAUGAAAUAUAUUUUAUUUACUAUACAUUUCAUACAUCAAUGUUAUCUUGGUCUGGGUGCUCUCCCUGCUCCAGUAAACGUGACGAUCGACUCUCUGAACUUUGAGCCCAUCCUGCGAUGGGAGCCCGGCCCAGGGACACCCCCAGGCACCGCCUACCGAGUCAAGUACAGUUGCUACGGGAGGCGCUUGUGGCUGGAGCCCAGCUUUUUGAACUCCACUGUCACCAUGCUAAACCUGACGGGCACCUUCAAGAAGCCAAAGAAUCCCUACGCCAUCCACGUGCGGGCCCUGAAUGCUGGCUUGAAGUCGCCCUGGAGCAGCCAACUCUUCUGCCCCUAUAGGGACACUGUCCUUGGCCCUCCUCUGGUAUCUGCGACAGGCCACGGAGACCGUCUGCUGCUCAACGUUACACUUCCCAGGGGCAGAGCAGAUGAAUCCAUCCAGGAAAUCUAUGAUAAAGUUUCCUUUUCCAUCUUCUGGAAGGAAGCUGGUGAGAGCAAGGAGCAUAAGGUGAUCACAACACAGAGCGAACAUGUCAUCAACCACCUCCACCAAGGGGUAGAGUACUGUGUGAUGGUGCAGCCAGAAAUAAUCGAAAAUCCAAAUUUACUGUCCUCUGACUGGACCUGCUGUUUCACCAGCCCUUUGCCCCUCAGCCCAGUCCCCAUUACUCUGGCAUUUGUGUCAGUCAUUCUGAUCCUGGGAGGUACAGCCCUUCUGGGCCUCAUCUACACAGGUUUCCUCUGCAGGCUGAACAACAGAGUACCAAAUGCCCUGCGGAUGUCUCUGGCGCGGUCGUACGUCCUGACUGUGGACGCCACAGUGCCAGACCGGGUCUCGGUGAUGCCCGGCACAGGCGAUGCGGCAGAGGGUGGGGACGAGGACGAGGAAGAGGCCACGGGGAACGGCGGUUACGAGAGCCGAGCGGGGGGAUUCUCAGAGGCCGGGUGCUCCCGCAGCGGGGGCACGGUCACGCCCCUCGCCGCUGGCACCUCCGUCUCCGAGGGUUCUGGGAAUUCCUGGACGUCCGGCACUGUGGGAGUGGAAUGCGGGGGCCCCCGUACUGCGGGCGUGCUGUGUCAGAGCGAGAGAGCAAUAACAGGACCCGGUCUCUCCGAGCAGAUACAGGAGGAGGGGGAGGAGGGAGAUGAGGGGUGCCGUGCAGACAUUAACCUGCUCUCUGUGGCCCUGGGAGCUCAGGAUGUGGAGGAAGAGGAGGGUGGGGAUGAGGGGUGGGCAGCAGAGCUGCAGCUGAGGGACGGCGGGGGUGAGCACCAGCCCCUGUUGUCCCUGGAAACGGGGUCGGGGAGCAGGCUGGUGAAGCAUGGCAGCUUGCAGGCAGACGACACAGCGCUGUCACACUCGGCCCGCUUGCCCGCCCAAUCAGAACGUGGGAAAACCCACUCUUGCCAUUUACAGCUGCACCCUGAAGACUCCAGACAGAUAGACACUCAAAGCGCACUGGAGGAGGAGGAGGAGGAGGAGGCGGAAGAAGAGGAGGAAGAUGAGGAAGAUGAGGAGUGUUCAGGCUACAUGAGACGCACAGCUCAUUAAAUUGGCUCUCUCUGUGUGCCCAAAAGCUUCGGCCUCUCUGUGUAUGUCUAUGCUCAGAUGCUGCAGACCAGACCGGUGCAGAGGAUGAGAAACCAGAGUGGAGCAGGGCGUGGCAUUAUUUAUGUCUGUGAAUGCAUGUGUGUACAUUACACAUUACUGUAGAAGACAAGCAAGAGCAUCAGGAGUCAGAUCUGCAGUGACAGGCUGAAACCACUUGUCCACAAUUGUAUAAGAUCCGGUCAGAAAUCAUGCACUUUAUACCCAUUCAUUUUCUGUCUUAAUUUUUAUUUAAUUUCUUUAUUUGCCUUGGUUCGUGCUCUGCUUUAUUUAAACAGCAUUUGCGGUACGGAGAUAAGUUACAAAUGUUACACUGAAGGUCCUUGAAUUCCUUCUCAUAUAGGUUGAUCCUGAUCUGUUUUCUUAAAGAAAAAAUGACUAAAUUAAAACCACAGUUUUUUUAA